CCAUGUUGCUGGGUGCCGGUUAUAAUCAUGAGCGAAGGUGAAGCUGUGGUCAUGGCUCAUCUGUAGCUCACUGUUUAUAGAGGAUGAACGGUUUUAAAUCUAACUCCGAUUAAUUUUGCGGGACAGUUGUCAGCUAGCGACAGGUUUUAUCAGGAUGAAGUAGUGAGACGUUGUUCGCCGGCUGGGGCUCGGGGAGGGGGGCAGCGGGAAGGCUACGCUGAGGAAGGGGCUUGUACCAGUGCGGGAUGCGAUAGGACACAGCCCCCAGGCCAGGCUAACUCCUCACCCCCUUAUACCAAUACCUAAUGAUAAGGUGUAUUUCGGAAUUCACUGACAACGCCACUUACUGUAAAAGGAGGAGAUCGAAAUCUGGGAAUUCCUGGUGGCGAUCGGCAGGUUGUUUCCAAUGUCAGGGCAGAGCACCUGCCCACAAAUUAGCCUUUCAGAGUGAGAGACUGCGGGCAGCUGCGGAUUCUGUGCCCCCCCAAGUCUGGACUCCUUUCAAAUCUUGGAGGGCCCUCCCAGUUCCGAUUAAAGACACUCGUCUUCUAGCCAUUCCCCUCCCUCCAAAGAAAAUAAAAUCAAGGUUAGAUAUUGAGUGCUAUAGUUAAUUAACAAACGUCUCCAGGAUGGCUUCUACAUCUAAUGAUAAGGUAAACCUGCGCCUUAUUCUAGUUAGUGGGAAGACGCAAGAGUUUAUGUUUUCACCGAAUGAUUCUGCUGCAGAUAUUGCCAAAUAUGUUUAUGAAAACUGGCCAAUGGACUGGGACGAAGAACAGGUCAGUAGCCCCAGCAUUCUCCGGCUCAUUUACCAAGGAAGGUUUUUACAUGGAAAUGUUACCUUGGGGGCUCUGAAGCUUCCUCCUGGAAGGAUGACAGUGAUGCACUUAGUUGCCAGAGAGACAUUGCCAGAACCCAACUCCCAAGGUCAAAGAAAUCGGGAGAAGGCAGGCGAAAGCAAUUGCUGCGUGAUAUUGUGAGACCUGCUUCCCUUUACGACACAGCUACAAAUCAAAAGAAGAUCUUCUUUUUUCUAUAUAGCAUUUGCGAGCAUUAUCUCAGAAUCCUCCUGUAAAACAGAUUGGGAUGUAACUGACUGGCAAGUUGUCACUUACUAACUUGAGAGUAUUCUUCAUCAAUGCAUAGAAUUCUACUGUGGUAUUACACAGAGGAUUUGUAUCCUGCCAAGGCAGAACAGUCUAGGAAGAACUUAUCUACUCCUAUAGAAAGUAAAGGAGUGCUCCCGUUACGCAGAAGCAGCGGUUACAUUGGAGCCAAAUCUUUCCAUUGUAAUUUUUAUUUUCUAAUAAUUAACUUUUUUAUUUUUUCUAAGCUAUAGUUUGGAUAUUUACAAUUUUAUUCCCUUCCAUUUUGGAAGCAUUAAUCUCUUGUUGGACACAGCUCCAUGUGUGUCAACCAUUCUCUGGUGCCUUGUCCUAGAGACUUCCUCGUGUAUGUCUUGACACUAUGUACCAAUGGGCUAUUUGACCAUUGGGGCAUCACAGCUGAGCCUGAUCAUGUUAUGACCUGAUGUCUGGUCAAGCACUUUAUAAACAGCAUCACUAAUGAUAUUUAAGGUAACCCUGGCUGCCAGUUUUUCUCCUUGAUUCAGACACAGAGGUGGCUUUUGGCUGCUUUAAGUAAAAUCUCUAACAAAUCUAAGUAUAAAUCAUAAUGAUGUCUCCCAACCUUUUUAAAGCAGAGGGUAGGCAUUUUAACUUUCUGCAAUAGUCACCUUGGUUGGGGGAAUAUGGGAUACCCUUGCUGUUAUGUUUAGCUGUGGUGAAAAUAUCCAUUAACAGACAUUUUCACUUGUUUCAGCAUGUCCUUUUUAUAUUGGGUCCUUUGUUUUUUAAAAAAAAAAGAGCAUUGUAGCGUAAUAUCAAGCCUUUUUAUUAAUAAUACUUUCUCUGAUAUAGUAGAGAAAGAGUUUUUACUUUGGAUUUGGUCUAUCAUGUGAAGAUGCUCAGAAUGUUUGAAGUUUUCAGUGAGGGCCAAGAAGUGUUUUUCUGGUUUGUAGUUUACGUGUCUGAAGUUCUUAAAACAAUGCUACUGUUAGUUCUUCCAACAGAAUGAAAUUGCUGCUAUUUUGCCUAUCAAAAGAUUUGUUCUUCUCUUUCCCUCCUGCACAACACUCAUUCAGAAGCUUGAAUGAGUUGAAUCUGCGUCACAGCAUUCCAGCUAUUUGAUGAACCACUUUACUGCAGGCUGUUUCUACGUAUUUCUUAUCUUGGGCUUGAAAAGAGGUUUUAUUCGGUCCAUGCAGCUGGGCAGCGUAGCCCAGUUUUGUGCAACCUGUAUCCUACAUGCAAGUGUCGUUUUGAUCCCCUUCUGUUCCACUAUUCAUUCAGACUGACUGAUUUCUACCUCGAAUCUGUUUACGUACCUUCUAUCCAUUCCUUAAGCUUUUGUUAGAAAUUAUUAUUGGUCCAAUUCUUGAUGAUUUCAAUUAAUAUAGUACCAUAAACAUUUGGGGAAAAAGGUUUCUGGAUUUUUGUGAUUUUUUUUAGGUGAAAGAGUGCUUCCUGACUUUAAAUAGUCUGACUGUAAUUUGAAAAACUAUGCCUACUUGUACUAGGCUCCAUGCCCCCCUUGAUUGUAUUUACCUUAUCUAACUUUUAGUUUUUAGAACUGCUUGACUAGAUUACCUCUUGACUCAUAAGUCAAAAACACAAACAUGGUUUCAUUUAACUCUUUUUUUUGUUUUUUUUUUUUAAAUCCUGGUAUCAUUCUAGUGGAUCCAUGGUGUAGCCCUUUCGGUUCUGAAAUAAUUUUUGUGCAGUCUAGUGCCUGGUUCAGUUCUCCAGAUGAUGUCUGACAUAACUUUCAUUAUGAUAAAUGCAAUGUGAGCACUUAUUGUACAUCCCUUUUUUUUUGUUUUUGGGAAAGUUGUGUUUAGCUGUCAUCUUGAAUUGCUACAGUUCAUCUCAUCUAGGUACUGUUAGGGAGGGAGUUGUAGUGUUUUGACUCAAUGAUUGAGAAGGAACAGUGAUAAUAGUUCCAAGUCAGAGUGGUGAGUGUUUCCAUGUACGUGCUGCCCUUGUUCUAAGUGGUAGGGGUCAUCAGUUUGGAAAAUGCUAUCUAAGGACCUUUUUCAUGAGUUGCUACAAUGCAUUUAUAGAUGCUGUAGACUGCUGCUACUGUGUGUGCUGGUGGUAGAGGGAAUGAGUUUAACAUAGUGGAUUGGUUGCCAAUCAUGGAGAUUCUCGAGUGUUGUUUAGAACUGCACUCGUUUUCUGUUUCUAAUUCCAACUGCAUUAUAAUAAAGGCACAUACUUAUAGCUGAAUAAUAUACUAGUGAUGUCUGGUAAUCGGUAGAAAACCUCAAUGGAAUCUCUAUCUCUAGAGGGAAAUGUGCAGUAGGUACAUGGGAAUCCUGUCACUUCUGAGUUUUGUUUCAAUUCCCAUCAUGUCAUGACUUCGACUCAGUGAUGAAGGAUUGGUGAUAAUUGAAGUACUGGGACAUCCUCUCUGUAACAGAGGUUACCUUCACUGCAUGGUCUGCAACUGUUUAAGGUGAUGAUUCAUCAACAAAUUCUUCAAGGGCAGUAGGGAUGGGCAAUAAUGCAGGCCUGGGCAAUAAUGCAGGCCUUGGCAACACCCACACCCCAUGCAAAAUUAAUAACUGCAUUGCUGUAACUAGACCCUAUUCUAAUUUUUAAAAAAUGGUUUUAAACCAAUGUCUGUAAGAAAGAAUGAUAGAUCUGACUGUCAUCCUAGCUGCUCAAUUAGUUGUCUACAAAUGCAGAAACAUUUACAUAUUUACAAGUGGGCGAUCCAUUUUACAUGAAAGAGAAGGUGAGUACCACGUUUUGGGGAAGUGAUUUAAAUUAUCUGCUUGUAUUUGCUGCUGCAGCUAAUUUGGAAUCAGGUUAGCAAAGAUUACAUAUUACAUAUUUAAAGUUCCACCAGUAGUUUUGUUGGUAUCUGUGAUCAAAUCCUUCCCCAGAUGGAGUCUUGCUAUUCAUAAUGGAAGCAGUCAACCAGAGUCUUUUUUUUUUAAAAAAAAAAAAAAAUCCUUAUUUCCCCACUUCCCUUCCACAUCCUGUCACCAAACCCACCCAUUUACAUGAUGGUUGCUUCAAUUUUAAUUUGAGCUUAAAUUCAAAAAUUGUUAUACCAUUUUGCAUCAAUGGUAAUGCAAUUGAAACAUUAAUAUUUGGUGUCAGUCUUAAAAUUACGUAUUAUGUGAGAAGCCUUUGCACUUGAUUGUGUAAAUGUAUCAUUUUAAAUUCAGUGCCUGAACUCAUUUCGAAAAGAAGAGUUAGAUAUCCUGGAGUACUUUGCAGAGUUGAUUUUUAAACCCUAACUCCAUGUUCAUAUGAAUAUGAAGCAGAAACUGCUGCACACUAAAUUUAUAGUGGAAAUGUACUAUGUCUAGAUUGCCAACCUGCUUUUUUGUUUUAUAGUGCAAUUUUUUUGUUUAAAUGUAAUUUAUUUUUGUAAAGAAUCACCGUAAUGAAUAAGGAAAUGUCCAUCUUUGAGUUACAUAGGACAGUCAAUUAGUCUCUGGUUUUUAUCCCCUUUCUAGAUUGAAUUGGCAGUUUUUGUGUUGGAUGAUAGAAAGUAUACAAUUUCUGAUGCACUUUUCAGUGAUGUAAGUGGAAGUUUGUUUUGGGAUCUGAUCUUGCCCAUUAUACUUGAGGCCAGAAUUGUGAAGUCCGUGACUGUUCAGCUGGACUUUUUACCAGAACCUUCUGAAGGGCAUUCAGGAUAGGUAUCUAACUUUGCCGGCAAUGCCUGAAUCCUGUGAAUUCAUGAAGUAGAAACUGUAAAUGUUUGGAAUCUGAAAUUUAAAAAUAUGCUGAUAGGAACACUUCAUCAGAAUCUGAAAAAAAGCAAAUUGAUUUUUUUUUUGUUUGUAUACCCUUGAUCCAACUGGACUGUUAUUGAUAAAUGUAUAUUCAUUACCUAUUAAAUUUCAGGAUUGUUCGUUCAGCAUUGUUCCAUCUGACUCUCAAAAUAGAUUGAUCCAGUUAAAUCAUGCCAUGGCUUUUUAAAAACAAGAUGCUUUGUUGAUGGCAAACUCUGCAGCAGCAAUUAAUAAAUAGAAAAUAGGUCAUAAGAGACAGAUGGCUGCAACUUUGAACACUUUCUGGUAACAAUGGUCUAUGAAGUGUCAAAACUUGUUUCAGAAACUGAGAUGUUGAAGCUCUUUCCACUUUCUGCAUCAGUAGCUUUGAACUAUAGAAUGACUGUAGGGGAAAGAACUAUUGUAUAAUGAAUAAUGUAUGGCUUUUAACAAUUAUGAUCUAAAUUAACAGGUGUACAGGAAUGUGUUCUUAUUUCUGUAGAUGAGUUGGUUAUGCCUGCUAUUAAAAAAAACUUAUUCAAA